CACCAGCCGGUUCACGCGCGCUUUAUUCACGCGCCAGGCGAAUGUGCCGUAAAGCGAGGCCGACUGCCGGACAAAACGGCGGAUUUAAAUAAGCGGGUUGGGGUUAAAGAAACAAAUAAAGAAAGAACGAGAGAAAGAGAGAGAGAAAGAAGGAAAAAAUCCUUCGGCGGAGAGACGGUGUCCGCUUCCCUGUCUCGCCUGGACCGAGGGGCUAGAGGAGGAGACGGGGGGAUAAGGGGAGGAGGAGGAGGGACAGGAUAAUGAGCUAUUCUUGUACCAGCGCAGGCAGCAGCCAGGACGCACCGAGCUGUAAUAAGAAGUGCGGCGGCGGCGUUAAUCCCGCCAGUCGCAGCGCCACCGGACACGUCGAUCCCAGCCCCGGUCCCAGCCCCAGCCCCAGCGACGGCGACUCGAGCUCGAACCCUGAACCAGAGGAGGCCAUGAAAGUCAAGAAGGGCUGCAACACCACGGACGUGGGAGUCCCCGUCACCACCGAGGAGGAACUGCUUUCCAACACCAUCAUCACCCCGGAGGACGUGCUGGGAUUGCAGAAGAUCACGGAAAACUACUUGUGCAGUCCAGAGGACAACGUAUACAACAUCGACUUCACACGGUUUAAGAUAAGGGACAUGGAGACAGGGACAGUGCUGUUUGAGAUUACAAAGCCUCCAGUAACGGACAAAGGUGGAGAGAAACGAGACAUUGACCCCAGUGCUGGCCGAUUCGUGCGAUACCAGUUCACUCCAGCAUUUCUACGCCUGCGUCAGGUUGGAGCCACUGUCGAGUUCACUGUGGGUGACAUUCCUAUCAAUAACUUCCGCAUGAUUGAGAGGCAUUACUUCCGCGAUCAGCUGCUGAAGAGCUUUGACUUCGAGUUUGGCUUCUGCAUCCCUAGCAGCAAGAACACCUGCGAGCACAUCUACGAAUUCCCGCCACUCUCAGAGGAGAUCAUGCGCGAGAUGAUCCUGCACCCCUACGAGACGCAGUCCGACAGCUUCUACUUUGUGGACAACAAGCUAGUCAUGCAUAACAAAGCAGACUACUCUUACAGCGGAGGUCCUUAAGACGGCAGCUUUGAGGGAGCUGACCUGGAUGGUUUGAUGGUUUGGCUGAACGAAUGCCCAGCCCACAUGCGUCUGUGUGCACCAAUCACGCUCUCCCUGAAUUUGUGUCAUUGACAUGUGGUAAUGCCUGUCUGUGUGAGACAAGUGAUUAGAUGACCAUGACCUUUCACACGUAUAUACAUAUCAUAAAUGUGUUUAAGAUUUUUUUUUCACAAUACACCAGCAAAAAUAAUGUUUAUUUGGUAACUUAAUCCUAAUAUUAGUGAAGAUUCUUUUUUUGGGAGAGGUGGACUUAAAUUCUGUGGUUAUUUAUAUGGCCAAAUAUGGCAAUGGCACUAGGUGGUAAAGGUUAUGAUUAGGGCUAUAUGUUUGACUGCUCCACUGUGUGUGUGUGUGUGUGUGUGUAUGCGCGUGUGUGUGUGAGAGAGAGAGAGAGAAUGUUUUAUGCUGUGAGACUGAAUGCUGAUUGUUUACCAGAGUGUGCAUUUGAGCAUGCAUGGCACUGUUACAUAUCGAUUAAAAAACAUAGAUUCACAGAUUCACUUCUAUCGUAAUUUUCUGAGAGUUAGAUUUAAUAUCUGUAAACUUGUCAAGAAUACAAUAGUAGAGCAUUGCUCCUUCUUCUUCGUCUUCUUCUUCUUCUUCUUGACAUGUUGUAAUUUAUAUGGUGAGAUCAUAUUUGCGUGUCCACUGCACAUCUUUUCAUACGUGAUCACGUUAUGAACACAGAACAUAUUCCCCAAGACAACAUUAUUGCGUUAUUGCAGUAUAACAACUUAUCACCACGAUGGAAACCUCUUCUCAUAUGAUCUCAUAGAAUGUCUGCGCAAUGUUCUUGUUCAUGUCUGCUUUGUGUCAUGAUUUGUCAAUAAGGAAAUGUUCAUAAAGGUAAAAUAGUCAUAUAAAAAGUCUCACAGGACAGACAAGGAGGCAUAAUGUGCGUUACAGGCAUUGACGUCAUUUCCAGUCUGGUUUGUGUGAUCUUUUUUUUUCUCAAACAAAUGGCUUUUUGUUUUGUUUUCUUUAAAGAUUUCUCUCUACUAGGUCUACUGUCAUAGAUAUGAGAAAAAUAGAGAGGGAGAGAGAGAGAGAGAGAGCAUUACUUCAAAUCUCUUUCUCCAUCAAGCAUUCCUUCAAUCACACAUUCCAGUGAGUUCAGUUCCUUUUGGAUGUUCAUGUAUAGAGCAGAAAGUAGAAUUAGCGUUUUAUCACCAGGACGUGUCGUAUCUCUUCUAUGAUUCGUUUGAAAUGUAAACGAAAGUGAAUUUAGGAGAAUUUAAGGAAUCGUGUCUGUUUUUAUUUUAUGCCCUCAAAGGCUCAAAAUGAGUUCUUCAAUAAUGUUUCUAGUUAAAACUUGUAACAGCUUUAUUUAUGAUUGUGAUUUACUGUACAUUUUGAGAAAAAAAAAAAAGUGUAAAGUUUUGGACAGCUCAGAUGAAAGUCUGGAAUUAAAGAAAUAAAUGUAUAUGUGACUUUUUGAAA